GAUCUACCCCGACCCUCGCACCCAGCGCCGCACCGCCAGUCUCUCCCCCGCCCACCGGAAGCCGCAGCGGCCACCGGAUUCCUCCACCCCAACCCGGCGACCCACCCACGGUAAGGGAAGGGAAGGCACAUGCCGCGGCAGAUAGCGGCGGAGGCGGCGGCUUAAAAGGGCCUCUCCAGCCCUUCCUGUACCCCCACCCCAACCCUACCUCGCCGCCGUAUCUCUGAUCUGAAGAACCGGAGGAGCGCAGUGGAGUCCUAGUCCGUUCCCGGCUGCUCCUUUCUACGCCCCGAGCCCGCCGCGAUGAGCCUCCGCAGGUCCAUUUCACUUACCCUUGUGGAUAACGUGGCUCAUUUUCAAGUUACUUUUGUGCUAGCACAAUCUAACUAGCUAGGUUAAGCUAUACUGUUUACUUGGUGGUGUAAAUCUGUAAAGAAAGUCAAUACUUAGUUUUAGUCGAGCUUUGUGUAAAAUAUGGAAAGGAAGGCUGGAAUGAUACUGGAUGAACAUGUUCUGAAAGCUAAUGAUCGCAAGAGGAAACAUGAGUCUGCUGUGAAGAUUACUGGCACAGAUGAUUCUGCUGAGGUCUCUCAGCAUGCUGAUGGUUCUGCUGCCCUUAAGAAGUCUAAAAUGACCUCUUGUGCUGGCCAUAUUCUGGAGUGGUAUAAGAACUUCAAGACAAGCGGGUUGCCGGUGCGUGUGCUUUGUUACCACCAGGGUAAAUGGAGGGAUUUUCCAGAGCAUGUUGUGAAUCUGGUACAGCAGGACUUCAAGUUGAAGAGGCCAAUUACUAAUGCUGUAUUCAAGAACCAGCAAGUCCUGUUGGACUUUAUGCACAUGGUCUGCAUUGAUUCUUCGAUGACCACAAACAAGCCAAUAGCAUGGAUUGAUGUUCAUGGUAGCCGCUUCUUUCCAGAGUUAUGUGCUGGACUGGUAACAUCUAAACCAUCUCAGCAUGGGAAAAGUGACCCCAGUGGUAAAUCUGAAGCUGGUGAGUGUGCUGGGACUUUGAUUUUAACAGCUGGAGCUGAAAGCUCGAGUUCAGAUUCUGUUGAUGCAGUACUCCCUCAUGCUAAGAAGGUACAUAAUUAUGCUGCUGUUGAAAAUAAAGCUGGUCCUGCAAUCUGUUUGAAGGAACCUGCUAGUGGAAACAUACAUGCUGCUACUUGUAAGCAGAAAAUUGGCCAACCUGUUGAUUCAGCUGUGCGCAAAUUAUUACUUGAAGGGGCAGGCCAACCUUUUAGUGAAGAAAAUAUUGUUGGCAUCUACAGAACCCCACUGGUAGAUCAGCAAGGGCGGGCUCGCUUCAAUCUUUUCCAGAAGGAACUUGAAGUCACCAAAAUGCAUCGUGGGAAUGCAAAUGUGCGCUAUGCGUGGCUACCUUGUUCCAAGGAUGCUAUGGAGGAGAUGAUGAUGCGUGGUGUUCUGGAAGUUACAAAACCAAUGCUGGGGCCAAUGUAUGGCAUUGGUACACAUCUUGCUCCAGCGAACUGCGCCAAAACUUGUGCCAGCUACUCAGAUAUUGACGAAAAUGGCAUCAUGAGGAUGAUGCUGUGCCGUGUUAUAAUGGGGAAUGUUGAGGUUGUACUUCCUGGAUCAAAGCAAUUCCAGCCAACCAAUGAAAGAUUUGAUAGUGGCGUGGAUGAUCUUCAAAAGCCAAAGCACUAUGUCAUAUGGGAUGCUAAUGUGCAUCGACACAUCUAUGCUGAAUAUGCUGUUGUUAUCAAAGCACCUUCCAUGACCAAUGAAUACUUGGCUAGAGAAGAUACUGCAUCCAACGUAUCUGAGAUAAGAAAUUCUGGUUCAGCAGAAAGUGUAAUCAAGGACGAUAGUUCCGAAACCAUGGCAUCUCCAGCUGGUAAACAACAAGCACCCAGGUUUGGGCGUGCUCCAACUCGAAGGCCUCCUACUUCACCCUGGAUGCCCCUCCCAAUGCUUUUUGCUGCCAUCUCCACAAAAGUUCCCCGUUCUGACAUGGACGUAAUCCAUGGACACUAUGAAGAAUUCAAGAGGAGAAAGAUAAGCAGGCCCGAGUUUGUGGGACGACUAAGACAGAUCGUCGGCGACAAGCUGCUGGUUUCUACAGUAAUGAGGCUGCAACCUAAGGUGGUGCCACCCAUGGCAGGUGCUGAAGUGCUACCAAGAAGAACACCCGGCACGGGAGAGCAGCACCUCCAGAAGUAGCAGUUUGUCAAUAUAACAGCUCGUGGAGCCGCUCCUAGUGGAGAGAUAGAGAGAGUACAAGGAAAGCCGUUAAGUUAUGCGUCAGUUGGUUAUAGACAAAACUAGUGAGUAGACUGUGAGCAGCCUGUUAAGUUGUUUGGUUCCAUCUGGUUGGUCUCUUGGCGUCAGUCGGUAACUGGAAACACUCUGUUGUAGCCGCUGCUGUUGUGUGCAAAUCUGUUUGCAGCUUGUACUGUACUAUACUUGGUAGAUUUGUUGUUUUAAUUUUGAGCUGAUGAACCUAGCAUAGAAUUGAUAGAA